AUGACGAACGCCCUGGAGUUGACCUGGUUGCUGUUUUUAGUCAUCACACCACAUGCUAAAGGUCACAGUCUGCCAGGGAAGCCCACACUGACCAGCUGUCGCUCUCCUGAAAAAGAGACUUUCACCUGCUGGUGGCAACCUGGCUCCGACGGAGGACUACCCACCACAUAUGCACUGUACUACAGCAAAGAAAGCUCUGAUAUCGUGCACGAGUGCGCCGACUACUACACGGCAGGGGAGAACUCGUGCUUCUUUAACAAGAAUGACACAUCCAUCUGGGUCAACUACAACAUCACCGUGGUGGCGACCAACCGACUGGGCAGCACCUUCUCAGACCCAGUGGAUGUAGAUGUGGCCUACAUCGUCCAACCCAACCCUCCCGAGAACCUGUCGCUAAGCAUCAUGGACGACAAAGGCUGGCCUUUCCUACGCGUGGCGUGGGCGCCGCCACGCAAGGCCGACACUCGCUCCGGCUGGAUCACGCUCAUCUACGAGCUUCGCAUCCAAGUUGAUGGCCAAAACGAAUGGGAGACUCACCUGGCUGGCCAACAGAAGCUCUUCAACAUUUUCAGCCUGCGUUCUGGUGGCCUGUACCUGGUUCAGGUGCGCUGUAAGCCAGACCAUGGCUUUUGGAGUGAAUGGAGUACUGCCUCUUACAUCCGUUUUCCUGACUAUUUCCAUCGAGAAAAGUCUGCAUGGAUCAUCAUCGCGGUCGUUUGUGCCUUUCUCUUCCUCAGCAUCACGUUGUUGCUGCACAUGACUUGUCACAGCUUGAAACACUGCCUACUACCACCCAUCCCUGGUCCUAAGAUAAAAGGAUUUGAUCAGCAUCUUCUCAAGAAAGGCAAAUCCGAGGACAUCUUCAGCGCUCUGGUGGUGUCCGACUUUUCCCGGAUGUCGUCAUCGUCCAACAGCGAAGACCCUCUGGUGGAGGAAUACCUGGAGGUGUACGUCACGGAGGAGCGAGAGGCCAUGUUGGAAGAGAGCAAAAGCCACUCCGGCGACGACAGCUUCAAGUUAGAGAGCUCGGCGUCUGACAACGACUCUGGUCGCGGAAGCUGCGACAGUCGCACCCUACUGAUGGAGAAGUGCGGCCGGCCUAAACAGCACGACGGGGACCGAGGUGAAGACUGGGGUGAAGCUCAAGUAGACGCGGUAGGCGGGACGUGGCCUCCUGUAUUUACCAGCCAGUCGGAACAACCUCGUCGCUGCCUCUCCGGAUGUCUGCCGCCCUCUGAGGCGUCUAAAUAUAUCAAAUCCCGCAGCGACGUCAAUAUCGCCGCAUCUGGUCACAAACAGUCUCCGGCUCGCUGGUCCGUCGAAUACGUGGGCACGCGGAUGGUGGCGGAAGAUGACGUGGCGGUAUCACGGGGCUGCUCCCAGCCGGCUCCCUUUCAGGAGCGGGACUACAGCCGGGUGAAACGGGUGGGCAGCGACGACACUCUGCUGCUGCUCCAGAGAGUUUCGGAGGUCGCGACAAAUGAAUGCGAAACCAGGACAAGCCAAAAAAGCACUAUCUGCACGCAAGACGCUACGCUGACAAGCGGCUAUGUGGACACGGCCGCCAUUUUGCCAAUGGCAACCAACUGA